CCCGUUUUGUUGGUUGGGUACUGCGGCACCCACCUGACAGCACGGUUACAGCGGCACUGUUUAUGCCACUUUCUUUACAGCGGCAACAGCGAUCCAAAACAUUCCAUCGGACCUGCAGCGAGAAGCACACACACUCUCGCUCUCCCUCCGAUCCCGACCAGCAGCUGCUCAGUGUAAUUUUGCGUAUUUUUAACCACCUGUGUGUAUCUCUUCUCGUGUCCAUUUUUGCGGGAUCAAUUGAUAAGAUUAGAGCGGGAGCUGCUGCUGAAAGUGAUAAGUGUUGUAUCGGGUUCGGGGCGACCGGUUGCCUCACGACUCGGCAUCAGUGAGCAAAGAUCAGUUUAGGCAACGAGUUGCACGAUCCUUAGUUUAUCGUUCCGACUACGUACGGCACCCAAGAUGAGCAAAAUGUUGAACGAAAUCUGUGAUAUGCUGGACGGAUAUACCGGCCGAGAUAAGAUUAUUCGCACACUAUGCUACACCACAAAGCUAGCCUCGGGGCUGUAUGCACAGUCCGACCCGGGGCGUGCCAAAAAACUGGCCAUAUUUAGCUCGAAAAUGUCCCAAACACGUGCCACGCUGCGCCUGUUCGACGAUUUGCCCAUGCUGGCGUACAGUCUGAGCUACGGCUGUGGCAGCAAGGAGCCGGACCGCUGGAUGGGCCUGAUCGGGUUCGUCACGAAUCUGAUCGAUCACGCGUACUACCCGGUGGACAAGAUCUGUUGGCUGAUCGAGCACAAUCUGCUGAACGUGGAGAACCCGACCCGGUGGGACACGAUCAACUCGAUGCUAUGGGUCGCAUCGAUUUACCUCAAUCUGAUGAAAACCAUCCGGAGCUUCACUGUGAUGGAACAGCAUAAAUCAUGCAUCGAUAAAAAGGAAAAUGAAAGCAGCCAAGCGUUCCGCAUGUUGCUGAUAAAACAGCGCAUGGAGGCGAUAUCGAUAUUGCGGCUGUCGCUGGAUCUGGUUCAUGCCGGCAGUACCCUGCCCAAGGGUAUGCUUUGGGGUGGCCGUUUCCAAACCUGGCACGUAGGACUGAUUGGUAGCAUUUCCUCGCUGCUGGGACUCUACCAGUAUGUGGCCAAGAAGCGAAUCGUUAAGCAGAGUUCCUAGGCGAUUACCUUCGCGUACCAACACAACACCUCCAUCCAGACGGCGAUCGAUUGCGUGCCCACCCGAGAAGAGUGUAGCGAACAUUCAUUUACAUCUAGCAGAACUGCUUUCAUUUUGCUUUCCCGAAGGGACCUCUUAAUGGAUAAGAUAUAUAGGUCAGGAAAAACGCACAUCUACUUUUGCCUUAAUAUGGAGUUUAAAGCUAAAUGUAGAAUCAUUACCUUUUAGUUUAAUAAUUGUUUAGAUUAUACGGGUCCUGCAAUUGUUUGCUGUAAGAAAAAUAUUCUAAUGUCUUUUGUAAAAAAAAAUGUAACAAAACAAAACUCUAGUCAGUUAUUUGACUUGUAAAUAAAUCAUUUAUUUUGAAA